AAGUGCCGUGUGCUGGAUCCUGCGGGAUUUUUUCCCCUCCCUCCUCCAGCCCUCCCCCAUCCCUUUCUUCUGCCAGGCGUGCUGCGCUGUUCUUCAUUUCUGGGAAACCAUGGACAAGAAGCAAGAUUCCAAAGGAUCCUUGGAGCCACACAAACCAGUGAAAAGCAAGAAGAAACGGGAUCUGAGGAUAACAUGUGUCCCCAUCAAGCAGCCCGUUGCCAACACAACGCCCCCAAGGAACUUGGACUCCAGAGCGUUCAUUACUAUUGGAGAUAAAAACUUUGAGGUGGAAGCUGAUGACCUGGUGACAAUUUCGGAGCUGGGCCGUGGGGCCUAUGGUGUGGUGGAGAAAGUGCGGCAUGCACAGAGUGGCACCAUCAUGGCCGUGAAGAGGAUUCGGGCGACUGUUAACACUCAGGAGCAGAAGAGGUUAUUGAUGGACUUGGACAUCUCCAUGAGGACAGUUGACUGCUUCUACACCGUCACCUUCUAUGGAGCCCUCUUCCGUGAGGGUGAUGUGUGGAUCUGCAUGGAGCUCAUGGACACCUCCCUAGACAAAUUCUACAAGAAAGUUUUGGAGAAGAAGAAAACCAUCCCUGAAGAUAUUUUGGGGAAAAUGGCUGUGUCUAUUGUACGAGCUCUGGAACAUCUGCACAGUAAACUGUCCGUAAUCCAUAGAGAUGUGAAACCUUCCAAUGUGCUGAUCAACAAGGAGGGACACGUGAAAAUGUGUGAUUUUGGGAUCAGUGGCUACUUGGUGGACUCAGUUGCGAAGACCAUGGAUGCCGGCUGCAAACCCUACAUGGCUCCAGAAAGAAUAAACCCUGAGCUGAACCAGAAGGGCUACAACGUGAAGUCAGAUGUCUGGAGUCUUGGGAUCACAAUGAUUGAACUGGCCAUUCUUCGCUUCCCAUACGAAUCCUGGGGGACACCAUUCCAACAGCUCAAGCAAGUUGUGGAGGAGCCUUCACCCCAGCUGCCCACCGAUCGCUUCUCCAAGGAGUUUGUAGACUUCACGGCACAGUGCUUAAGGAAGAACCCCGCUGAGCGAAUGAACUAUUUAGAACUUAUGGAACACCCUUUCUUCACCUUACACGAUACCAAAGAGACUGACAUGGCUUCCUUUGUGACAGAGAUCCUCGGGGAAGACUCCUAACUCAAACGUCACGGCUUCGUGCAGUCCCCUCCAUCCUGACUUCUCCACAGAAGAGCGAAUGGGGACUCGAAUUAAUAGUGGUUUGCACAAAUCACACUUCCCCAACCCAUGGGCAUCUUUGGCCCCAUCCGGCCUUGCAAUCUCUUUUCCCUUUGCCCUGUAAACAAAACCCUCCAGGAUGAGCCUUUGGAAGCCAACACCUUUCCAACUAAUAAGCCAUGGAGACUGAAGGCUGGGGAUUUCCUUGCUGAAGCCAGCUUAUUCCUCAUGGGGAGAGGUUCAUGCCUGUGGUGCCUGAGCAGGGCCAGGACAGAGGAUGCCAGAGGGCAUCUCCCCUCCCCAGAAACCUGGUGCACAGCACAAGGGGGUUUUGUUUUUUGAUGCCUGGGGAAGGCAGAGAGAAAAAAAAAUGCUGCUGGGCUUGCCCCACUCUUCUCCGCUGCCUGCCCGAAGCUGCUUCCCCAGAGUCUGGUCUUGCUCGCCUGCCCUUUGUGCCUGGCUCUCUGCCCCCAGGAGCCUAUGCAGCUUUUCAGGGGGCUGUGGGGCUCCCUGGGCAUGCUGCUGUUCACACCAGAGUCUGUUUUAAUGCCUGGCUUGACAUUGUAAUGACCCUUUGAGGCAGCCCCAGGCCGGGCAUCCCACUCCCUCAGUUGAUACGCUGCUCCCUGGGGGGAAGAAAAUGCAUUUUUCAAUGAGCCCACCUUGACACAAGCUGCGACCCGCGCCUGCCCACGGGACUUCAUCCAGCACACAGUGCUCCCUUCCCCACGUGGCACAGGGUGAUGGAGAGACAAGCAGGUCCCUGGGCGCUGCCUCUCUCCCUCCCAGCCCUUAGAGGAUGCAUCCUCCCUCUGGGCAUCAAAUGCCUUUCGCCUGGCUCCUGGAGAAGAUGUUGCUCCAUCUCCCUUCCAACCUGGAGUUCGUUUAAGACCUUGCACUGUGACAUCCAAUCGUUCCAGAGGCCGUAUUUGCACCCCUGUUGCCCCAAACCACCUUUGAACCCUCCAGCCGCCCGCCCGAGGUGUUAGCCAAGAUCAAAACCCCAGUGAUUCGCACGGGGGCUGCCGACAGUUGUACAUUUUAUGUCUAUAUAUAAUGGACCUUGUAACAUGUUUCCUAGUUUUAGUCUACCUUGCUAUAAAUUAAAGCCCUUCUGUGUGGGAGGAGGGAGGAGCAGUUCCUUCUCCGCUAACAAAUCCACUGUGAAAACCUGAUGUGUUUCCCCACUCUCCCAGCCUGAGCGCUCUGCAAGGAGCUAUGGGAGCAAAAGGGAUUUCUGUCUUCUACUGUACAUGAUCACGGGAUAAACGCACCGGCUGUGGAUUUUGUUGUUUUUUUUAAUAGAUUGAGUUUUCAGAGGGAUUUUUGUUUCCUUUUCUAAUAUAUAUUUGUGUGUCUGUGUAUGUGUGUGCAAUAUAUAUAUAUUGUAUAUUUUUAAAUCAAUGAUGAAUGUGUGAAUGUCUACGUGGCCAGCAGAUUUGGUGGAGUGGCUAGGAUUUUUCUGGCUCAAUUUGGGGUGGUGGGGAAGGGGUUGCUAGAAGACACCCUAGCCUAAGACUUUUUUUUUUUUUUUUUAGAAGAAAUGCAUCUAUUUUUUAACUGAAUCUUUUAAAAACGUUUUUCCUGGAAUACAUGCCCUGGAGGUUUGGAUUUCAGGGUGCGUUUCCAGCGUUUGGGGUCCCCCACUUGAUGAAGAAUGAUGUCCCCCUACAUUCAUCGCUCAUCGCUUUUGCGGCCCCAGGUUCAAAGCGGCGCUGGGGCCCCUCUGCCUGGGAACAGGGCUGCUUGGCACCACCUAUUCCUGCAAGCCCUUCCCAGGGGAAGCUGCUUCAGGGCAAAUGGUUUUCAGUCAUUCAUGCCAGGGCAUCUUGCAGCAGUGCUUUUCCCCAUCACCGCUCUUAUUCCUUUUUUUCUGAGUCCACAAGCCCUGUGAGAACCAGCCCAGGCUGAGCUGCACAAACCCUGUUGGGCUGUGGGUUGCCCUGACCCCUCCUCCCAACCACUCCAUGUAAAAGAAAGAAGUGACUGAUGUUUUCCCUCUUCAGCCCCGCUCUGCAAACUGCCCGGUGCUCUCCACGAGCACGCCUGUCGCCUGAUUGGUUUGAUUUGCAGCUCAGAUGUACAAUUGUAUUUUUUUUUUCAUCAUUGGUUACUUUGGAUUGUUCUUGUUUUGACAUUGAGCUUCUGUUUUUUUCCCUUCUCUCCUUGUUUUGACCCUUUGCCACUUCCUUUCUCUCGCCUUUCUUGGUGCUUUGGGGAAUGAUGAUUUUUUUAUUAUUAUUUUAUGCAUGGUUCUUUUUUUUUGGCUGCAUUUCUCCUCCUGGAGAAAGUCCUGAUUCUUGUGUUUUGGGGAAAGGGAGCGCCUGCCCUUUUGAACACUGGGAGGUGCUUGUGGGACAGGCUUGAGACCCUACGAAUGAAGCAUGGCUUUGCUCAAGAGGCAACCACAACACUGUUCGCUUCAUUUAACAGGGUCUUACCUGUCCCUCUUCGCGUCCUGCGCUUUCCUGUCCUGCUGAUCCCCUCUGCCGUGGGGAGAGGGGGGAAAGGCAGCUUUGGGGCAACCAGCUUGGCUUUAAGAUGGAUGAGGAUUUUGUCUCACAGUGGAAAUCCCUCCAGCCUUGUAUUUCUGAGAACGGUCUGUACCCAUUAAACCCAUUGUGUUCAAUAAAAUUCGCCCUCAAACCC